AUGGAGCUGCGGGCGGCGGGCGGGACGGCGGGCGGGGCGGUGGCGGAGCUGCGGGGCGGCGACGGCGUGCGGGGCGGAGCUGCAGGGCGGCGGUGGCAGGCGGGGCGGUGGCGGAGUUGCGGGACGGCGGGCUACGGGGCGGAGCUGCGGGGCGGGCGGGCGGCGACGCGGCGUGGAAACAGCGGCGGGCGGCGGGGCCAAAUCCGCAGCGGGCGGGCAGCAGGGCGGCGUGGAAACAGCGGCGGGGGCCGGGAUGGUGCCGGAUCUGAUGCGGGCGGCGUGCGGCGGGGCGGCGGCGGGGUGUGGAGGCGGCGGGGCGGUGGCGGACGGGCGGGAGGUCGUGGGUGGGCGGGCGGGAACGGAAAUGAAGUGGCGGUUGGGCGUUCGCGGGCGGCGGCUGGUUUUGGACCAGAUGCAUCUCAUGAUAUUGUUGCUGCUGAUUCCCUUGACAUGACUGUUGAUGAUAACCACCCUGAUUGGCCUAGUUUCCUUGAUUGCCUUGGAAGCCAUAAUUAG